GCCACUGCAUGGGACAGUCAGUGUUUUGCAAGGCAAAUUGCAAGGCAGUGACAUCAUGCGGCACUUUAAUGCUUCAGUUGGAUGGUUUUCCUACUGGAGACGGUGUUCAGGCUGAUCGAUCGGCUGGCAGACUGACUGGAUCCAUGAUGGAGUUACAGACGUUACAGGAGGCCCUGAAGGUGGAGAUCCAGAUCCAUCAGAAACUGGUUGCCCAGAUGAAGCAGGACCCUCAGAACGCAGAUCUGAAGAAGCAGCUCCACGAACUUCAAGCCAAGAUCACAGCGCUCAGUGAGAAGCAGAAAAAGGUGGUGGAGCAGCUGAGGAAGGAGCUGCUGGUGAAGCAGGAGCCGGAGACCAAGCUGCAGCUGCACGUCCAGACUCCUCCAGCAGGAGACCUGAAGCAGAGCCAGCAGAUACCUGCAGGACUGCAGCAGACGCUGACGGUCACUCCGGUGCUGACCACGAAGACUCUACCUCUGGUGCUGAAAGCCGCCGCGCUGCCCGGCUCCGUGCUGCCGCAACGCCCGGCCACCGUCGCCGUGGUAACCACAGCUAUCACCAAACCCGACUUGCAGAACGCCCCCGUCAACCUGCAGGUGGCCGGCAAGCUGACCAAUCAGAGCGCGGAGCCCGUGAGGCUGGUAUCCAAGAACGCCAUGCUGGUGCAGGCCACCGAUGCCGCCCAGCCAAUCAAAGUUCCUCAGUUUGUCCCUCCUCCUAGACUGACGCCUCGGCCCACCUUUCAGCCACAGGUCAGGCCCAAGCCGGCGGCGGCGCCCACCAACGUGCACAUCGCUCCGGCGCCCCCCCCUCCCAUGAUGGCGGCCCCCCAGCUGCUGCAGCGGCCCGUGAUGCUCGCCACCAAGCUGUCGUCCUCGCUGGCGUCCGCCGCGCCCAUCCACCAGGUCCGCAUCGUCAACGGCACGCCGUGCAGCAAGACGGGCGCCACGCCGCUCACCGGCAUCGUCAUCACCACGCCGGUGUCGGCCGUGCCGGCGCGCCUCGCCAGCCCAGCCGCCGCCCAGGCGCCCAUCCUCACCCCGACCCCCGCCAGGCCGAUCCAGAUCAGCAGCCUCACCCCCGUCACCAAGCAGACGGUUAAAUCAGAAGGCGGAGCAGAGCAGAAGGGGGCUGUCAGCCUCCCGUCCUCCUCCACUCCUCCUCCUCUUCCUCUGCCCAGAUCCAAGAAGGAGGAGAACCCCGAGAAACUGGCCUUCAUGGUGUCUCUGGGCCUCGUCACACACGACCACCUGGAAGAAAUUCAGAGCAAAAGACAGGAGCGGAAGAGGAGAACGACGGCCAACCCGGUGUACAGCGGCGCCAUGUUUGAACCGGAGAGGAAAAAGAGCGCAGUGAGUUACCUGAACAGCCCUCUGCACCAGGGGACCCGGAAGAGAGGUCGCCCACCCAAAUACAGCAGCGUCCCGGAGCUGGGCAGCCUCACCCCGAACUCCCCCUCCAGCCCCGUCCGCCCCCUCCCCCUGCCCAGCCCCAGCUCUGGGGAUGGAGACAUCCAUGAGGAUUUCUGCACUGUGUGCAGACGCAGUGGCCAGUUGCUCAUGUGCGACACGUGUUCUCGUGUUUUUCACCUGGACUGCCUGGACCCGCCCCUGAAAACCAUUCCUAAAGGCAUGUGGAUCUGUCCAAAAUGUCAAGAUCAGAUCCUGAAGAAAGAAGAAGCCAUUCCCUGGCCCGGCACGCUGGCUAUCGUUCAUUCCUACAUCGCUUACAAAGAAGCUAAAGAAGAGGAGAAACAGAAGCUGAUGAAAUGGAGCUGUGAGCUGAAGCUGGAGCGAGAGCAGCUGGAACAGAGAGUCAAACAGCUCAGCAACUCCAUAACGAAAUGCAUGGAGACCAAAAACAACAUCCUGGCUCGUCAGAAAGACAUGCAUCUCUCCCUGGAGAAAGUCAAACACCUGAUUCGCCUCAUCCAAGCCUUCAGUUUCAACCAGGCUGUGGCAGAGACAGACGGUAAGGGCGUCAGCUCCCAGGACUGCGUCAGCGCCGAGGACAGAGUCCAGCACGGUGAAUCCAAAGCUGCAGUUAUCUCUGAAAAAGCUGCAGUGGCAUCCGAACCUGUAGUAGCUUCUGAAAAAGCUGCAGUCGUCUCUGAAAAAGCUGCAGUCGUCUCUGAAAAAGCUGCAGUCGUCUCUGAAAAAGCUGCAGUCGUCUCUGAAAAAGCUGCACCAGAAGCCAACUCUGUGGAGAAAGUGGCAGCCGGGAGCUCCGCGACAAAUAGCAACAGCAACGCUGACGGAAACGGGAAACAACAAGAGCACGAGGCCACAGGGAACCGCCAGACAGGAAGUGGAGACGCAGACAGCCAGGCUGUCCUAGGAGACGUGGGCGUCCCGUCGGCAGACGCCAGCCACGAUGUCGGGGGGGAGUGGGAGGCGGGGCCCGGGGACGAGCUUGCGUCAAAACCCGAGACCGAGGCGGCUCCGCUGGUUGACAUUCCCGCUGCCUCAGCGGCCGCGAACAUCGCCACGACCAACGGUACGGCCGAGCCGGCGCGCGCUGCCGAUCGCAGCCCCGCGGGAGCCCACGGCAACAACGGCAACACCAACUCUGAGAACAAGAUGGCUGCCGUCAACCCUCCAGAGACGGCAGCGGAUCAGAAACAACGGGACGAGAUCACCGACGGCGACGGCAGCAGCAGCAACAACAGCAACAGCAAAACCUCAGAACCCUCCCAGCAUUGUUUGCCAGCUCUCGUCAGCAGUUUAGACAAUAAAAAGUAAUGCUUUGUCUCUGAAAAAUUGCGGGAAUUCAAACAUAUAUAUAAAAAAAAAAAGACUUUUGCUUGCACCGCACGGUGCCCUGAAGUUGCCAAUCUGUAUAAAUGUUGUUUGUUUGCAUUGUAUCGUCAGACUGUGUCAAUGGUUAGAUAUCCAGCCCCCGGCUCUGGAAACAUGGCGAGCCCCCAAACCCAGAGCGGCAGGGGUGCAGGUACGCUGUCGGUCCAGUGUCGGCACGCCAAUUAGUGAUAGACGUCCGUGGUGGGAAUGCUCGAAGGGAGAUUUAGUUCAUCAUCACACCAGUGUGUGCCUGUUCAGUGGCUCCUGCGUUCUCUCGGUUGGGAGGGGUGAUGGUUUUCAAACGGAGAACAAACAUCUGUCGGGGGUUACUGGUCUAAAAAAAACAGUGUUGUGAUUAUGUGGGUAUGAAAAGAAAGCCUGCUCGUCCCCUCGUCCCAACCAACUAAAUGUGAACAGCCUUUGUCUUCUGCAGCUUUCCCUGAGCUCCUCUCCCUUUUGAACAACCCUAAACUUUAACCAAUAAGUCUCAUCCUUAACCGCCCCUAUUCUUCCCCAUCUCACCCUCCCCAAACCUGUCCUAUCCAGUCCGCAACGAUUCAAUAAAGACGUCCCUCUUAAACCCCCCAAAAUGAUUCCGUACGCUUCAAACUAACUAGCUCAUACUUCGUUACGUAUAAACUAGGGCUGUCCGUUUCAAUUUUAUGUGAAAAUGUAUCAAAAUUAUCUAGGUUAGGGUCUUUAAUAUCUAAUGUGCAAUUAAUAUAAUGAAAGAUCGCUACUGUGCGUUCGUGUAUUGAAAUAGUAUUUCCACGGAAAAUAACUUGAUACUGUGCUGUAUCGUUUUUUUUUUUUCAUCCACCCCUGCUCCCUACGUUUUUCACGCCUUUAAACUAACGUCCCUAACUUCCAAAUCAGUCCACGAACGUAACCCGUGUUCAGUCAACAACAAAACUUUGACCAGAAGCCUUCCCCUGGUGACUGAACCACCUGCCACAACCGAACACUGUAACCCAACCCUAAGUUUUGAGCCCAACCUUAACGUGUGAGCCCAACCGUAACGUGUGAGCCCAACCGUAACGUGUGAGCCCAAGCGUAACGUGUGAUCCCAACCGUGG